UUCCGACCUCCUCUUCCUUGCCGGCGGCGGUUCUUUCCUCUCCUUCUCCUACUAGAUAUAGUUAUACUUACUAUAGAUCUCUAGCUUAUUACGUACAGUUGUAUCUAGUAUUCUAUUGAUUAUUCGAAGAAAACACACAAAAAGAAGUAAAGAUGAUGCUCAAAAUUAAGAGGGUUCCUACGCUUGUUUCUAACUUUCAAAAGGAUGAGGCUGAUGAAAUUGCUGCUCGUGGUGCUGGUUGUGGCCGGAAUUGCCUCAGGAAUUGCUGCCUUCCAGGUUCAAAGCUGCCACUGUAUGGUUUCAAAAAUUUGAGCUACGGCAAGUCUGUCGCCGAUGAAACAAAGGAAUCUCCGAUCGACUUUCUGGAAUCCCUUGUUCUUGGGGAAUGGGAGGAUCGUCAGCAGAAAGGCCUCUUUCGCUAUGAUGUCACUGCUUGCGAAACCAAGGUGAUUCCUGGAGAAUAUGGUUUCGUUGCUCAACUGAAUGAGGGAAGGCACCUCAAGAAGCGGCCAACUGAGUUUCGAGUUGAUAAGGUUCUGCAGCCUUUUGAUGGAAGCAAGUUCAACUUCACUAAGGUUGGACAGGAAGAGUUGCUCUUUCAGUUUGAAGCAAGUGAGGAAGAUGAAGUCCAGCUCUAUCCAGAUGCGCCAAUUGAUCCUGAGAAAUCUCCAAGUGUCGUUGCCAUAAAUGUCAGUCCCAUUGAGUACGGACACGUGCUUUUGAUCCCUAAGGUCCUUGAAUGCCUUCCCCAGAGGAUUGACAGGGACAGCUUCCUGCUUGCACUGCACAUGGCUGCCGAAGCAGCAAACCCUUACUUCCGAUUGGGUUACAACAGCUUGGGUGCAUUUGCCACCAUCAACCAUCUUCACUUCCAGGCUUAUUUCUUGGCUGUGCAAUUUCCCAUUGAGAAGGCCCCAACUCAGAAGAUAACUGUCACUGAUGCUGGAGUGAAGAUAUCGGAGAUGCUGCAUUACCCAGUUCGAGGUCUUGUCUUUGAGGGUGGAAAUACUUUGGAGGAUUUGGCCGAUGUUGUCUCAGAUUCUUGCAUUUGUCUGCAAGAGAACAACAUCCCUUACAAUGUCCUAAUCUCUGAUUCAGGGAAAAGGAUAUUCCUUCUCCCACAGUGCUAUGCGGAGAAACAAGCGCUUGGAGAGGUCAGCGCUGAACUCCUCGACACCCAAGUCAAUCCUGCUGUUUGGGAGAUUAGUGGACACAUGGUCUUGAAGAGGAAGGAGGAUUAUGAGGGUGCAACUGAGGCAAAUGCAUGGAGGCUUCUCGCAGAGGUCUCACUCUCUGAAGCAAGGUUCCAAGAAGUGACUGCUCUCAUCUUUGAAGCCAUUAGUCUCAGUGUUGAAGAGAACGAGGACGGCACUGAUGGUUCUCCUGAGGAUCUAGAUGUCACACCUCCACAGCCCAUGGAGGAGAUUGAUGGUCUCAACACCCACAGUACCAUGGUUCCCGCCUAGGGUUUUCACGGCCCAGCUCUGGUGUUCAU